AUGAAUCGAGUUGAGGAGUUCCAUAUUUUCCGUUUUUGCAGAUUUAUUAAAUAUACAGAUCCAACCGGAGAGGUCAAAUAUGUUUCUAUCUUUGGUGACAAACGUGAUACGUCGGAAAAUGAGUAUAGAUCCGAACUCAAUAAAUAUCUUCACAUCUAUGAGAGACCUCAACUAAAAGUCGAAUUUCUAUUCGUGGGUGAGCAAUUCUUGAAAGAUCAACCCCCAUCAAACUUGGAUCCAGAUGUUAAGAAGUUUCUCACGUUUAUACUGCGCGCUUAUAUGCCGUUCGGUGUAUUAAGCAUGGAUGUUUUUCCUGAAGCUGACCACAUUCUUGAGCAAUGUAAUGAUGUCAAUAAAGAGGAAGAAAUCAAUAAAUUAGACGAUUUGAUUCCAAAAAACUUUGUACCCAGAGAUAAAAUUGCAAAAAGAGAGAUGUUAGAUCGAUUAAAGCGUAUAACCGAAACACUUCUGACAGGAAUAAGACAAGGAUUGGAUAUUAAUUGUGAGAAUCGUGUUAAUGCCUUGGAAUAUUUUUACAGUAGUUAUCUUGAUAUCACUUUGACCUCAGUUCCCCAUCAUGAUGAAGAAUACAAUCGCAUGAAGGAAUUGAUCAAUAUAGAAGAUACUUACGGAUAUGUCAUUGAACAUAUUUUUAAAGUGAAGCAAAAAAAUGGAAAUGAAAUGGGAAACGUAGCAGCAACGGACGGAACAAAACAAUUGUUUCACGGAACAUAUCCCAACAACAUUUUGGGCAUCUUGAAAGAAGGUUUGCAUAAAAAUUCAGAUCUUCCUCAUGUUAAGGGAGUUGAUCCUUCAAAUAGAGAAAAUGGGGAUGGGAUCUACUUCACAGAUUCACCCAGAGCUGCUUUAGGCCGAUUCAGGAAUCAUUUAAAUGAUAAAGAGCAUUUUCCUGAAGUAACUAUUUUCUAUUGUACUGUUGCUUCUGCAGAGGAAUGUUACAACCGCAAUGAAAAAGAAUAUGUUGCGAGGAAAAAGGAACACGUGAAAAUUGAUUAUGUUAUAAAGUUGAUAGAACCACAAGAGCAACAGAAAAAAUUUAUCAACACUCUUUAG